AAUAUUGAUAAAUCGUGUAGGCUAGAGUAGCUUAUUCAAAAUCCGGUCAUUAUAUUUCCAAACCAGUUUGCACUCUGCAAGUGUUUUUAAAAUUUUAUCAAAAUACUUUUGUUACAAUGAGGUUUCGGUCGCUGAAGAACAUCUGGCCCAAAAAGAAGUUGGAGCAAUUUCUCAUUGUGUUCAUUUUAUGUGGCUUGCCCGCCAUAUACUAUGUUCUGGUGGAGAUUAUACUGCCGGAGUUGUCGGAUUACGGGUCAUCUGGUUACGUAUUUCAGAUGCUGCUGGCGGUGUUCCUCUUUCUGAAUGUGAUGUCAAACUAUGUCAUGUGCAUCCUGGUGGACCCUAGCAUCGAUCCCAAGCUAAUGAAGAACCAGUUGGAGCGGGGAGAGCACAGUGAGGACUGGCACAAGUGCGACGAGUGCGGGAUUCACGCUCCACCCCAAUCACGCCACUGCAGGAAGUGUGGUGUCUGUGUGCUGAAGCGAGAUCAUCACUGCUUCUUUACGGGAUGUUGCAUUGGCCACGAGAACUAUAGAUACUUUUUCUAUUUCCUCAUCUACUUAUUCCUAAGCUGCGUGAUUUCAUUAACGUCAUCAUCUAUAUUUAUUUACGUGCUACAUGGGGGCAGAUACCAGCUCUCUAUGCGUUCUGAUCGCGCGCCAAACUCUUCAGAAUUUAAGAACGCCUAUUUAAACUCGCUUAUUAUCAGGGUAAUGUAUUUCAAGAUGCCUGAUAGAUACGAGGUGUUGUUUACUGUGGUAUUCGUCAUGCUGUGGAUCGGGGUAUUCGUAGCUGCUUAUGUGGCUUAUGACCAGUGGUCCCGUAGCUAUAUUUGCUAUAAUUUUAAUCUUCAAAAGUUUCCUUUUGACCGCAAACUGCGCCGGAACUUUCAGACCUUUCUGGGCAGGCGAAUGGGGUGGACCUGGAUCUCCGGAUUUAUUCCCAGCCAGCUGGACCACGACGGAUUCCAUCUGGAUGAAGAAAACGAACGUGUGGCAGAUCUGUGUUCAAAAACAACCAUCAAGGAUAGCUAAAUAAUUGUGUGCUUUUUUUUUCCAAAUUACUGCCUCUAGUGUGUUUGCUGAAUUUUCCCAGGUUGGCAGUCUCAUCAGCUGUUUUUUCUGAUAACAUUGGCCCGUGCAAAAUGCU